AUGCACGGCGUAGCGUUCAGGUGUUUGGUGUUGUUAAGCGUCUGGUGCUAUCAUUCACGGGGGCAUGCCACUGCCGUGGUCGUCGACGAUCCAGGGGGACUGCGCGAGGCGGCCACGCAGCCGCCGCACCCAUCGUCUGGGGUGUCGAUGGUGGCACCGACCGUGCCGUCGGCGCCGAAGUCAGUGCUGUCCACAGCCACCACGGUCGGUCUGGAUGCGAUGGUAGCGGCGGCAUCGUCGUUGUCGUCGGCCGGUGCCGCGGACCUGGACACGGCCGCGUCCAAGAAGAAGAAGAAGAAAAAGAAAAAGUCAAAAAAGUUCAAAAAAGGAGGCGGCUCUAGCCACAAGGAGGACCAUUUCAACAAGAAGGGCAAAAAGGCCGACAAGGGGUACAAGUCAAAACACUCCAAUCACCACGGCAAGAAGGGUCACCAUAAGAAGGAGGACAAGAAGAAACACUAUGCGGAGCACGGUGGCCACAAGAAGAAGCAUCACGACGAAGGCGGCUAUUACAAAGACCACCACAAGGGCGAGAAGGGCGAGAAAGGCCACAAGUUCGAAGACAAGGGCGCGUACAAGAAGGGGCACAGCACCAAGGGCAAGCACGAGGUUCACAAAUUAGACGAGUUCAAGAAGAACAAGAAGUUCUACGACGAGCACCACGACUCGGGACACCACAAGAAGCACGGUGGCUACGAACAUAAGCACGGACACAAAGAGGGCAAAAAGUACAAGAAGGGUCACAAGCACGCCGGACACCAUCACGAUCACAAGGGCAAGAAGGGCAAACACCAUCACGGCAAGCACUACAAGGAGCACAAGGGCCACAAGAAGGCGGCGGGACACGACGAGAAAUACGGGCACAAGAAGAAAUAUGCGAAAAAGGGUGCCCACGACGAGCACAAGAAAUGGAAAUUUAACAAGAAGCAAUGAUUUUGGCAUACUUGAGCCGAAACGAGUGAUGGACGUCGUAGCAGUCGCUGUCGUCCUGCGAUCGUCUUAUAAUGACAUUGCUACUGCAAUAGGUAUAUUAUAAAUAAUAAUAUGUUAAUGUAGUAGUACUUAUUUUAUAAUGUGACGUUAUCCGUGACUGAAUUAACUUGUGUUAUACUUAAUCCUUUUCUAUUCGUUUAUCUUUAAAUAUA